AUGGACCGUGAAAUCCCAUUUAACCGAGUAUUUGCAUCGGAUGAGGAUGGUCCGGAGGAAGAAGUAGAUGAGGAUGGGUUGACAGCCAAAGAAGCUAACGCUUUCAAGGUUGUAACUGGCCGGGAUCCAAGUAUACCAUUGUUCCGUGAUGUUAGCCUGGCGGGCUGUGGUAUGACCGGUACUCAACCUCCGAAGGCGCCACCUAAGUGGGACGAUGAAGAGGAGGGGGACAAGGGUAAGAGGCCAGGGUGGUGGAAGGCAACUGAGAUGAAGGUGAAAGAGCAGGAAGCAAGGGAGAGGGAGAUGAAAAGAAUUAGAAAGCACAAUGAGGAAGUUCAAGAGAAUUCUCGAAUGAGAUUUGAGGCGCACAUGUACAAUUGGAACCGGGAAAUUUGGUUGAAGCAACAAGCUGAGCUUAGGAAGAAAGAACAAGUAAGGAAAUUAACUGAGUCAUGGGAAAGGUCUGAGAAAGAAGCCGCCAAGAAGAGGGAGAGGGAGGAGAAGGAAUGGAAGGAGAAGCUGGUACGUGAGGCUAGUCGCACAACGGCACUCGAGGAGGAAGCAGAGCUGAAGGAGAGGAAGAGGAAGGGAAAGGGUCCUUGUUCGACCCAAUAG